AAGUACUCGCAUUAAGUAAUCAAAGUAAAUUCGUCAGCGGAAUCUAGUUGAAGACAUGGCGGGCACCAAUGUUGAUGUAAAUGAUUUGAAUGCAAUCAACACUUGUGAAGAAUCACAGACGGGUGUGCAGCAGCAGCUGGCAAACGGGCUUGCAAAGAAGAGACGCUGCGAGGAGAUGACAACCGACGAUCCGGCAAAUCAGCAAAUCCAACCUGAUAAAAUACUUAAACUUGACUUGCAACAGGAGAAGAGUACCGAGGUUGACCCCAAAAUGGAAGACAAAUCAUCGCCGCCAAGCAUUCAGAAUCUUCAACAGAAAAUCAACGAUCUCGAAAACAGCCGUAAGACGUUGCUAAAUCAAAUUACAGGGUUAAAUGCUGAAAUUAUGAAGAAAAAUAAGGAGACUCAUCGUCAAAUGGACCAGACUUCUACAGAGGUUAAUCCAAUUUGGAAAGAAUUGGAAAUGCAGAUUUCAAACAAUUCGAUAUUAGAAGAUACUCUGGAAGAGCAGGAGAAGUCCACUAAAUUAAUCAUUCAGGAGUUAGGACAGGAAAUUGCGGAACUUGAGGAGGCAAAUGGCCUUUUCCACACUGAGCUUCGAAAUAAGAAUAUUGCACACACACAGGAAAUUAACAGUCUGUGCAAUAGAAUCCGUAACCUUUAUACCAAUAUUACGUGCUCCAUUUGCCGUUCUCACUGGACAUCUGCUGGGGAACAUCGUCUGGUUUCGCUGUACUGUGGACAUCUAUUUGGAAAAAGAUGCAUUGAGGUGCUCCACGAAUGCCCAAAAUGCGGAUUGGCAUUUGCUGAAACGGACAUGCGAAUCAUUUAUGCUCGCAACAUCCAGCCAGUUGAUUAGCUUUCAUGGCAUACACACUACUUUAUAGCCUUUAAGUCAAUCAGUUU